CACGAGGCAAGUCCCAGCACAGCAAGCGCCAGUACGUUGCGUGACGGCAUCAACACUCCACGCGCGGCGUUCUAUCGCUGUGUCACAAUAAGUUAUCUAACUUGCAACGCAGUUGCAAUUUCAAUAUUUUAAUAACAAAAGAGAAACACGUGGGGAUUGCCUUCCUAUUAAUGGCAAAUUAUAAUAUACUAUAUUGUGAUACUGACAGGACUCUGCAAGAAAACAGGGUCCUAGAAGGCGAUCAAAGACGUGACCAACAAUUGUAGUUACUUAACGUGCAAGUGCCUGCUUUUUACAAUGGUGGCUAGCCGAAGAUACUAUAUUUUACCAAUCAGCGUCGUGAUCUAUGUCGUAUAUAUUUAUACACCCUUAGAUGUAACCUGGAGCUAUUCUAGUUCCGAAGGCAAAACGUGGUUCAUAACAUUGUAUGAUCCUGAAGAGAACAAAGUGACUAGGGCUCAGAAAUAUAUAUUUGAAACUACAACAAGAACAGCGUCUAUUGCAGCAGUAAAAGCUAGAAAACCUAAACAGCGGCGCGAAACUAAUUCAGAUACGGAUGAGGAUGAGGAUUCAGUUGAAGAUGAUAAUAAAAAUGAAAAAUCAAAUAUUUACGCAGAGAACGUUCUAACAUCACAAGCGAAAUUGCGACUAAAGGUAUUGCUACAUUGCAAUAAUAGGGAUUUCUUCCCGGAGUAUCUACAGAGGCGUGAUUACUGGGUACUGAAAAAUUAUGUACGCGCCGAGCACGGGCCGCUGGAAUGCUACGAAACUGUAACUUAUGCAACACAUGCCAGUUACGAAUUCCUUGAUAACGUCGAGCCUUUAGUUAAACGAUGGCUGGCACCUGUGAGUUUAGCUAUCCACGCCCCCGGCACCGACAUAGGCCCCACUAUGGACAGCAUCAGGUACCUCCGAGACUGUCUCGGGACAAAUCUCAUCAGAAAGUACGUCACCUUUCACCUCAUCUUCCCGAAUAACCACAUCCCUGAUAAUAUUAAGGAUCCAAUAGAAUUUCUGGAAUCGGAUCCUAAUUGCCCAAACACGCCACCGUACGUUAACGUCAAAUUAAAAAAAACUUAUAAAAGGCGCAAAAACUUAAUUUAUCCGGUGAAUAUAGCUCGGAACGUCGCCAGGGACGCAGCCCUAACACACUUUUUCUUGUCAUCCGACGUAGAGCUGUAUCCAAGCUCUGGUCUUGUGGAGAAAUUCCUUAAUAUGAUUGCGAGGAACGCUAAACCUUUGAAUACCUCCAGAAAACCCAGAGUAUUCCCGAUAUCACUUUUCGAAGUUGCCGACCAUGUAAAAGCACCAUCGAGCAAAACUGAGGUCCAAGCGAUGGUGAAAAAUAAAACUGCUGUAUCUUUUCACAAGUUCAUGUGUCCGUCUUGCCACAGCAUGCCUAAUGGACGACAGUGGUCGAAAGAGGAAGAAACUGGGCUAAUGGAUGUUUUUCAUGUUGGGAAGCGACAUGGUAAAUCUGCCCAUUGGGAACCUAUAUUUAUUGGAACUCAUCAGGAUCCCCACUACGAUGAUCGACUGAGUUGGGAAGGCAAGAUGGAUAAGAUGACUCAGAACUACAUCCUAUGUCUCAAGGAUUACGACUUCAUGCUCCUAAACAACGCUAUCCUCGUCCACAAACCUGGAAUAAAGCAUUAUAAAUCCGACCGCAAAAGGGAACCUUUAAUCAGACAACAGAGCCAACUGAUACGAAAUGUCAUAAGGAAUGAAAUUGAAUCACUCUAUGGCACUAGGGAAGAAUGUAUACUGUGACGAGAGUUAUCAAAUUCUUUGACUUCAAAGUAAUGAGGAAUCAUAAAUGAUGAAAGUUGCUUAGAAUCAUACUUUCUAAAUAGAUUACAGCUGUGUUUUUUACAACUUAUAUUUAUACUUAAGAAGUAAUUGAUAAAGUGGUAUUAACAAAAUAUAGAUUAGACAAUAAAGUAAAAAAUCACAUGCACUCAUAUUUAGGUAAUGUCGUUUGUGUAACGUUUAAAAACGGAAGAACACGCAGGUCUUGGAUCUCCAAAUAUUCAAGUUUUCAUCUCCAUAUAUCUAAGUCUUCAUACUCAUCUCCAGGUGUCAGGUGGUCUUCUUUUACAAUUUCUAAUUUAUUUUAUUUUUAUUUGUUGUUAUUCAAGAACAAACAGUUAUAUAGAAAAAAAAACAUAUAUCUUAAAUAUUACAAAUGCAGCGCAGUUCAACUGAAAUAGUAUAACAAAUCAACUUGGUGGUACGAUUUGCGAUGCAGAUCAGUUAGGUCCUGAAAUAAUAGUAAGCCCCCUGGUCGUUAUUAUAUGGAUUGUAAUUUUGAAAGGCACGUUUUAUGUAUGUAUUUUGAGUAUAGUUAUUUUCUUGAUUUGGAACAAAAAGUAAUAAUAUUAUCCUAGCCUACAUAGAGAUUUACAUAUAUGACUCUAAACGUUUUUCUACGCAGCGACCAGACAAUGAAUGUCAGGGAUAUAUUUUAUUCCGAGGGCAAUGAUGUUUCCUAAAAAAUAUUGUUACACCAACUGAAUAAUACUGAUAUGUGUAUUUACGUAUAAGUAGUCGAAUUACAAUGCUAUUUUCAUGAUAUUACUUAAGUGUUUUAUAUAUUAGAAUAAGUUUGGUUCAGUGCAAUAAUAUAUCUAUACACAAUUGCAAUUAUAGACAUGCAAUAUAAAUAGAUUUUAUUAAAAAUUUGCAU